UGCGCCAGUCAGCUUAGUCAAUGGGAUGCCCUGGUAGAUUUUGGAAAAAGCAUUGAGAAUUAUGAAAUACUGCUUGAUAGUCUUUGGAAAUUACCCGAUUGGGCAUAUUUGAAGGAUCACGUUAUACCAAAGGCACAAGUGGAAGAGACUCCAAAGCUUCGUUUGGUUCAAUCUUAUUUUGCCCUUCAUGACAGAAAUUCAAAUGGUGUUGGAGAUGCCGAAAACACAGUGGGGAAAGGCGUUGAUCUUGCCUUGGAACAGUGGUGGCAGUUGCCUGAAAUGUCUGUUCAUGCUAGAGUGCCUCUAUUGCAGCAAUUCCAACAACUAGUUGAGGUUCAGGAGUCUGCUAGAAUUCAUGUUGACAUCGCAAAUGGGAGUAAAGGCACAGGAAAUGUUGCAGUUGGUGGACUUGGAAAUCGUUAUGCAGAUCUGAAGGAUAUUCUUGAGACUUGGAGGCUGAGGACUCCAAAUGAAUGGGAUAAUAUGACAGUCUGGUACGAUAUGCUACAGUGGAGGAAUGAAAUGUAUAAUGUUGUUAUUGAUGCAUUUAAGGACUUUGCUACUUCAAAUUCUCCACUUCAUCACCUUGGUUUUCGUGACAAAGCAUGGAAUGUCAAUAAGCUUGCC